AUGGCAUUUUCUUCGACACCCAUCCACCUUCGAUCAUCACCCAGUCGCCUCUACAUCACCGACAUCCAGUCGAUUUCGUCCAACCACGACGCUUCAGAAGACUGCGUCACAGAGGACAUGGAUGUUUUGGGUGCCUCACUCCAUCGUCUUAAUGACGAUGUGCUACUGGUGCUCAUCCACAUCCUUCAUACUCACCUCUUUUGCGCUCUCAUGUCGCUCUCCUGGACGUGCAAACGCCUGCGAGCGCUGUCCGCUUCUGCGCUUUUCUCUCGCUCCCACACCAAGCUCAGGACCCCGGACGAGAGGGCAUGGAUGGUGCCACCCACAUUAUUUUCCCUCGUUCGGCAAGCACGUUACUUUGCAUUCGGUGACGAGCCUCAAUGGGCCACCAAUCCCUGGCUUUGCGGAGUCCUGGACCCUCCACCAUUCUUUACGGACAGUCUUGAACGCAUGCCACGCUGGUCAUCCAUUACUAUCCAACAGUACGCGUUCAGCAAGCACGGCGUCCCAUGGGGAACAUUGCAGACCGUGCUCUCAGCGCCCGCCCUACGCAAGCUGACGGUGUACAAGUUCUUGUUUGCUCCACGCAAGCUCGUACCGUCAGAGAUGUUCAUCCUCGCCAAUGUCUCUCCUUUAACGUCUUUCACGUACAUAUUCGGCACCCUGCACACGUUCGAUGACCCCCCGGCUCCCACCGAAAUCGAGGCUUUGUCGAGUUUCCUGGAAGCCGUUUGCGGAACGCUUGAAACCCUAGAGCUGACCGCCGGGUCCGGCCCCCUUGACAUUCUGGAACGCUCCCAAUGGCCGCGGUUGCACACUCUGAAGCUUUCCGGACGCAAUCGGCAACCGCAGCUUCGCUCAUAUGCGUCCCUCUUCGCCACCAUGCCUCGCCUUCGUGUGCUCGCCCUCGAGCUUCACGUCAAGGGGCCACCAGUCGGGCUCUCUGUCCCACCAGUGUCGUCAUCGUCGUUCCCGUGGCCGGAACUCGAACACCUCUUCCUUCCAAUUCCCCUUCCGGAGGACGACGAGAUGUAUUCUCAACUUCCUUUGUCGCUCCAGACGCUCUCCCUGCUCUCCUACCCCCAUUUCGCCCAGCGGCACCAGUAUCACGUCAAAACCUGGGACAUCAAACCGCCACGUCCUGCGUUCCGAGUUCUGCAGUCCAUACUUCAGCGUUGUCUCGCCUCCACGCAUCUCACGCGUCUUGAGAUCGAAUACGCCGUUGAGCGCCGGCCGAGGGAAGACCUUCUGCGCUUCGUCGUCGACACGUGCCCUCAUCUACAAGAGCUCAAGUUACUCCGGUACCGACCUGACUUUUUACCAGACGAGCCUCGGUAUAACCGGGGCUCUUACCGGACCUGGAAGUCGCCCCAGAGCUUGCGGUACGUGCUCCUGCGCGUCCGUCCCUUUUUGUGUGCUGAACUUUCCGUCCAGACCGAUAUUGCGCAUCAGCUCGCUCCGCUGACGCGUCUGCGCAUGCUGUGGGUGAACCUCGACUACGCAAGUACGCCUGGGUUCAACCCGUACCAUGUCCCGCCAGUCUAUGACAAGUUCUGUAUCACGACGCUGCCUUCGGUCGCGCUCGUGUUUGCGCAGAUCAUGCCACCGGCUCUGCAAUCAGUUGGGAUAUGGGUACCGAGCGAAUUCCUCAAGGCUCGAUGUAGGUGGGCGGUGUACCGUGUCGAGCGGAGGGUGGAUGGGCUGCCUGUCGGCGUGCGCGAGGACGGGUACGAGUUCGCGGAAAUCGAGGAGCUAUGCUAUCCGGUCUGCUAG